AUGUCUGAAUCUGUUUUGAAGGGCGGUUUGGCCCAGAUGCUUAAAGGCGGUGUUAUUAUGGACGUUGUCACGCCCGAGCAGGCCAAGAUCGCCGAAAAGGCCGGUGCUUGUGCCGUCAUGGCGUUGGAGAGAAUCCCAGCUGACAUGAGAAACUCCGGCCAGGUUUGCCGUAUGAGUGACCCAAAGAUGAUCAAGUCCAUCAUUGAGUCCGUCUCGAUCCCAGUGAUGGCCAAGUGCCGUAUUGGUCACAUUGUCGAGGCCCAGGUCCUCCAGGCUUUGGAGGUGGACUACAUCGACGAGUCGGAGGUCUUGACCCCAGCCGACUGGUCCCACCACAUCCCAAAGAACGACUACAAGGUUCCAUUCGUGUGUGGUGCCAAGGACCUCGGUGAGGCCUUGAGAAGAGUCAACGAGGGUGCUGCCAUGUUGAGAACCAAGGGUGAGGCUGGUACCGGUGACAUUUCCGAGGCCAUCAAGCAUAUCCGCAUUGUCACCAGCCAGAUCAAGCACGUCUUGUCUUUGGCUGGCAACCAGGACGCUUUGCAGAAGUUGGCUGACGAGUACAGAGUGCCAAAGAAGCUUUUGGACCAGCUCAUUGAGGCCGAGGGUAAGUUGCCAGUGGUGAACUUUGCCGCUGGUGGUGUUGCCACACCUUCUGACGCUGCCUUGUGUAUGCAAUUGGGCUGUGAUGGUGUUUUCGUGGGCUCUGGUAUCUUCAAGUCCAAGAACCCCGAGAAGUUGGCCAAGGCCAUUGUGGACGCUGUGACCCACUACAACGACCCAGCCAAGUUGUUGGAGGUGUCUACUGACUUGGGCGAGUUGAUGUUCGGUGUUUCUAUUGACCAGAUCGCCAACAAGGACAGAUUGGCUGGCCGUUAA